UCACUCCGCCCAGGCUUCCUGUUGAUGUUGCGUGGCAACCAGACGAUUGCACCGGAAGUGAGAAUUGCUGAAGCAUGGCGGAGCUUCAUAUCAUUGGGCAAAUUGUUGGCGCCAGUGGAUUUCCUCAGAACAGCCUCUUCUGCAAGUGGGGGAUUCACACAGGGGGAGCCUGGAAGCUACUGUCUGGGGCUGUGGAGGGUCAGACACAGGUGGAUAAUCCACAGAAUGAAGAGAUGGCUUUCUGGUCCCACCCUAUCGAUAUACACUUUGCAACAAAAGGGCUGCAGGGUUGGCCAAAGCUACACUUCCAAGUUUGGCACCAGGACUCAUUUGGCCGGAAUGAAUUAUACAGUUACAGCUUCCUGCACAUUCCGUCCACCCCAGGCACGCAUUCCCUGACCAGCCCAACAUGGCGCCCGCUAGGAACAUGGCAGGAACACCUCUCCCAGAUCUUUGUGGGGGGCGGCCCUCAGCUGAAAUCUUCCAGUCUGAUUUAUGGGGGAGCAGAUCGCUAUCGCUUGCAGACAGAAGCCAUGGGGCAGGUCCACCUAGAGCUCACUGUCAUAUUGCGCAACUUUGAACGCUAUGGCGUGGAAUGUUAGCGUAAUGGAGACACCGUAAUAACUGUCAAUGAUCCUACUCCUCACUGCAGUAUAGUACGCCAAAUUAACCUUAAAUAGCCUCAUUUAUAAUCCCUUAUUGACUGAACCAGAAAAUGGUGAGCCAAUUUUUGCCCAGAACGUCCAAGCUGAAAAAAACGGAUUCCUCAUUCCAUCUCGGAUAUAUUUUCUCCGUAACCAGUUUCUAGCUCACAGCAUUCAUUCUGUUUCAGUAUUGACAUUUUUUAAGAAAAGAUGCAGCAUUUUUCUGUGAGUUCAUGUGAGAAAACACCUUUUAUACCUUUUAUACUCUCUUAGCAGUUUUGGUUUUGUAAUAAACAUGUAAAUAUUUUGUACAGAGAUAUGAAACCAUUGCAGCCAGGAACCAUGAGCUAAAGUGUCCCAGUACAAAGCAAACUUUUCAUUUUUAAUGGAAUCAAAUCUAUAUUUUGUGCGUUUAAUUCCUUCCAAUAUACUCUUAAUUUCUGAAAUCCUUUCUACAGUUUUUAUAAAUUAUUUUGGAUUGAAUGAAACUUUUGUAUUUCUAUUUUAGAAUAAAUGUAUAUUAUAUUUGU